UACAUAUGGAGGAUGGAUUGAAUUGGACUGGACGGGUGAGUCGGUUUGUGGAUGUGUAUAUUCUCUCCUACAUACUUUAGCAUGUUGACGAGCGGUCAAUGGGCGGCGGGAAGGGUCAAUUUAGAAAAUUAUUGUCAUUGAAGGAUUGAAUAUGUAAGAAAAAAGUUAUACGUGCACUUCAGUAAGAAAAUCCCCAUAGUUUGAGGGCUGAAAGGAGAAAACAAAUACACGGCUCUGUGCUCUGCUUAGGGCUGCAAACGAGCCGAGUCGAGUCGAGUUUUUGCUUAGCUUGAGCUCGGCUCGUUUAUUAAUUUUUCAGCUCGAGCUCGGCUCGAACUCGAAUUUUGAUAAUCCAGCUCGAGCUCGAGCUCGGCUUGAAUAAAAAUAAUCUAGCUCGAGCUCGACUCGGUAGAGCUCGAUAAAUGCUCAUUAACAUAGCUUGUUAAGCUGAGUACAAGCUCGGCUCAAGAUGAGCUCGAUUUAAAAUCAUUUUUGCUGGAAAAAUGUAUAAACAUAAGAAUUUAAAUGAUAGAAAGAACACUAGAAACUAGAAAUAACAUCUAAAUUUCAUACACAUCUGUAUUAUAAGACAAUGUUCAUGUUUAAAAGAGUAAUUCAUCCUUCCACAAGCUCAAAACAAGGCAGCUCGCGAGCUUAGCUCGACAAGCCACCGAAUCAAGCUAGCUCGCGAGCUUAUCAAGCUGAGCAUGAUCUAGCUCAGGCUUGGCUCGUUAACUAACGAGUUGGCUCGCGAGCCGGCUUGUUAAAUAACGAGUCGAGUGUCGAACGAGUUUUUUCCGAUUCGAACGCCGAGUUGCUCGCGAGCGGCUUGACUCAUUUGCAGCCCUCUGCUGCAGGAUCUCUCUCUCUCUCUCUCUCCCUCCCCCUCUCUCUGGCCACUCGGCCACUCCCACAGAACCACCUGUCAGUUCCCCAUUCGUCCGCCGUUACGGGGAUUCGUGCCCCGCCCCUCGAACAAACUUCCUGGCGAACAACACAGUUGCGGGUUGGGCAUUUCUCGCUUCCUUUCCUUAGCCGGAGAAAUGGCAGCAACUGUCGCCGGCCGGAGACCGGAAGGUUGUUUGCUAUUCGAGCCCUCCGCCCCUCAUUUCUCGAAACAGAUUCUCCGUCAAACUCUCCAUACCAACAGGCUUUUGAUUCCCAGAAGUUUCGCAAGGAAGCACGGCAGGGAGCUGUCAGACCGCGCGACGCUCCAAGUUCCGGGCCCGAUGACCUGGAAAGUGGAGGUUUCUAGGGCAGACAACGAAGGCAGGCUCUGGUUCCAGAAUGACGGUUUCAAAAGGUUUCGGGAGUUCUAUUCCUUGACGCCUGGCUACACUGUGGUUUUCCGAUACAACGGAGGAGGAGGAGGAGGAGAAGAUGCUUCUCUCUUCUCCGUCCUCAUCUUUGAUCCCACUGGAUCCGAGAUUCAGUACCCUGUCAUCAUACAACCCACUGCUGCUGCUGUUGGUGACGACCGUCUGAAGCUUCGUGGGGGUGAUGUUGGUAAGAAAUUAUCAAAUCCCAGCAGGGAUUCCGAAGGAUUUUCAGAUGGGUGUUCUCCUGCAAACCAAAGGAGGAGAAGAAGCAGGUCGCCAUUGAAGGUGAACAGUUGCUCUCCUCCACCUCGAAAGAGGGUGAUGGUAGGCGAUUCAGCGAGGAAUGAUGGUGCAAUCGGUAGAAUGCCAGAAUCUGAGAGACGAGUUCUUCCUAAUUCCAGGAGCGCAGGAGGUAUUGGCUGUGGCAAGCAGCUCUUCCGAGAUGAAUUGGCUGAUGAGGAGAAGCCCACUUGUAAAAGGGCUCCAAGUGGACAGACUGAGACUGCUAGCAGAGGACGAGAAUCAGAGAGAAGUGUUCUUCAUAGUUCCAGGAACGAAGUUGGCAGUAAGGUCGAGCAGUUGGGUGAAGAGGAAGUGGCAGUCGCAUUCACCUCCAGCAAACCAUGUUUCCAAGUGAAGUUAGGAAAGCGGCCGGUGGGUUCCCAUAUCACAAUACCAUCGAGCUUUUCAGCACUGUACUUCAAGAAGGAUCCUGUGUUUCUGAAGCUAAAGGUGGGAGCUAGAUCGUGGGGCGUUAAGGCUAUGAAACGUUAUCGUGCUUCGUAUAGGAUCUGCGGUGGCUGGUUGGACUUUGCAAGGGACAACUCUCUUCAGGAAGGUGAAGUCUGUUGCUUUGAGCUGAUUCAGAAGGAGGGUCUUGUGCUCAGAGUGUCUGUCUGCAACACACUCCUGCUCCACAAGAAGUAACCUGAUCUAGGAAAGGACGACUAGUAGCCGCGACUAUUUUGGUGGCUGAAGAACACUCUUGACUGCUUUGUAGAGAGACUCUUUUACCAAAUAGCCACUUGUUUGCUCGUUUUUUAAGGGGGGCAUUUUGUGGUUCAGUAGUGACAUUAUCUACUGUUGCUGUUAAGGGACCUAGGGCUAACCUUUUUUGCUGCUUUGGCUCUGUAACUAGAAUAUUAUGUUUAGUUCCUCUCUUCGGUGUCUUUUUCGGGUACAUGCUAGGAAGGAUUAGG